AUGGAAUUGCAUGUAGAGGGAAGUGAGUCUCAGGCUACUCAGUACUACUUCCUUCUCAGCCAUAGCCACAGCCACGCCGCCACCUCUCACUACCGCGACCAGUCCAGGUUGCCACCUCCAGUACGGCAAAAGCAAGCCACGAGUCGCCGACUCUGUUUUAUUCCGCCUGUCAUCUUCAUUGGUUCUGUUAUUGUCUCAUCUCCACGCGCCUUCUUCUUCCUCUUCUUCUUCGUGUGGAUUAGGGUUUUUGUUAUGGAGAACACCGAUGACGCUGGUCCAUCUCAGCAACAUGCCAGUCCCAACUCCUUCAUCGACGAAAACUCCAAAGUUCUCCUGGAAAAGUAUUUAAAAAUUCUGAAAGAAUUUAUAGCCUCCAACGACCAAGUUUACAUGUUUCAUGGUAUCUCGUCUGGUGAAGAGCGCAAGGUAGUGGACCGGUUAUGCCACCUCAUGGAGUUAGGUGUAAGAUUCUGCGGGACUUCUGGUGAACAGAAAAUAAUUGCUUUCAAAAGGGAUGGCAAAGCCUCAGAUCAUGUACUGGCUGUCAUGUCAAGGAAAAGGAAAAACAGAGAGGAUCCAGAUUCGUGUGGGGAUAAUAAAGGAAUUGCUGAAUUGAAUAAAAUCUGGAUUACUCAAACAUUAGAAAAGUUUUCAGCUUCAGACGAAGAAGUGUACACUUUUGAAACUAAAUUGUCACGUCGAGAAGGUGAUUUAGUGUUUACUUUUUGCAGAGAAAGAGGUCUUAUGUAUACUCUUUAUUGGGAUGGGAUUAAACAGAGAGUAUCUGUUUAUAAGACCAGAAAAGAAGUUGACAACAUUACCAUGAUAGAGAAUCUUCCUCAUGUCACAUGUUCUGCUGAAUCAGAUCAGAUUGACAAGCGGAAGAAAUCUCAUAAGAAAGAGGAGCCAGAGUCAGCUCAACAUCAAAAUUCCGUUGUUUUUGAAUCCAAAAGGGUUCGGAUUACCCAGAUAUUAGAAAUUUUUUUAGCUUCAGAAGAUGAAGUGUACAAUUUUGAGGAUGAAUUAUCCACCAAUGAUCGUGCUCUUGUGAAGCAAAUAUCCCAUAAAAUGGGGCUUAAUUGUAACUUUUCUGGGCGUGGGAUUAGAAAGAAAACAUCUGUUUACAAAACCAAAAAGGAGGUUGCCCCCGCCAAGUUGUUGGGUGGUCAUCCUGAUGUCACAUUUCCCGAAGAGUCACCGCAGAAUAGAAAGCAGACAGCGACACGACAGCAUCAAAAUCCCAUUAUUGAUGAAUCAACAAGGAUUCAGAUUUCCCGGACAUUAGAAAAUUCUUCAGCAUCUAAAGAUGAAGUGUACUAUUUUGAAGCCAACUUGUCUCCUGAAAAAUUUGUUUCAGGAAAUCAAUUAUCUCAACAAAUGGGGUUUAUAGUUGAAAAUUCAGGGAGUGGGAUUAAGCAGAAAGGAUCUGUAGACAAAAUUUUAAAGAAGAGUCACACUACUCCCAACUUAGAGAAUCUUCCUUGUUUCAAAUUUUUUGUAGAGUCAAAGCAUGUAUUGGUAAAUUUAUUUACGCGAUAUCCACCUGAUGAGGAUCCUUGGGGAGCAAUGAAUGGAGCAUGUGAUGAUACAACUGACAGAACAGAAGCAAAGGAAGAUGAUAUUUUCAGCUGGCCUUGUAUGGGAACAGAUGAAAUUGCCAUGAGAUUGGAGGUUCUUUCCAACAGAGUGAAGAUUUCCCCUGACUUGAAACUGAUCAAUGAGAGGAGAUCUAAGCUUCCAGUUGCAUCCUUUAAGGACAUCAUUACAUCAUCUGUUGAAUCUCACCAGGUAGUUAUCAUAUGUGGAGAGACUGGUUGUGGAAAGACUACUCAGGUAUUUGCUUUGUCAUUAUUAUGGUCUGUACCUUUUACCUUGCAAGAGGAACCCUAA